CUUUUUGAAGCAUCUGCAUCUGCUUUGUGCUCCGCGUUGGUGCUACAGACUGACUCUACCUGGAACCCAGCAAGGCGACAAUAUUUAUCGCGUUCGCGCCAUAUUUCCAUCGCAAAAUGUCCACCGCCGCAAUUCCCGGGUACCCGGACAAGACUCUCUUGUCGACCGAGGAUGAGAAUUCUUUUUCCGGACCACACCAGCAGCAUAAAGCUGCGACCAAACAAGAACUAUUCGCACACAACACCACCGACAACGACAUCGCCCGCACCAGCAGUGCGACUUUGACCCGCACCACCACGCGGGCGUCCAGGUCUUCCUCUGAAGACGAAGGGGGUGCAACGGGAACAACUUCUUCGUCCGACACCGACGAUGAAGCGCAAACGAAGUCGAAAUUGAAACACCAAAACCUCUAUCAAAUGUAAAAAUGUCUGGGUCUGGAAGAUUCUGACACUUGUCAUGCACGUUUUGCGUGAGCCAUGAUGUCUGUGAUGCAUACCCGAGCAAUACAGAUUUUCUGAGGGCUUCUUGAUGCGUAUUCCGCAUGACAAAUGCCUUCUCAGCGUAGCAAAAAUUGCAUUUCCUUUGGUACUCAUGCAAUACAGAUUUUUUUGGAAUCCAAAUGCAGCAUCACAAGUUGCAUUUUUCCAGACCCAGACACUUUUACAUUUGAUAACCUCCGCGACACCGAGUUUUUGAAGUUCAUCGAGCACGACAGCCAGGUCCACCUAUCCACAGAAAAACACACAUCCACAUCCAUUUUUUGCAUGACAAACACAUGACUUGAUGCGUGUUCUGCAUGACAAAUUGGAUGUGCGUGGGUUUUUUUCUGUGGAUACCACCCGGAAAAUUUCAACUUGGAGGAUCUCCUAUGCAUUGCAAAAGUAUCGUACUAGUAUAAAUCGCAAUACAAAUUUUUCCAGCAGGAAAAAUGGUAUUUGUAAUGCUGACUUGGCGAAGAAGCAAGAUUUGUCAUGCAUGUUUGCAAUUAGUACGAGUGCGAUACUUUUGCGCAGUAUAUCUUCGGAAGGCACUGCCGAAGAAGUGUUUCCAGAAGGAUUUGGCGCGCUCCCUGAAGUGGAUGGUGUUCGAUCUAGCGGUCGUGUUUUCCGCGUUGACGGGGUUGAAGAUGUUGUACCGCGGGGAGUUGGACGGUUUCUUGUUUCUCGACAAUUCAUCGUCGUUAAUCAGCACCAGUAGUCAACAGCAGGAAAACAACAACAUCAACAUCAGCAGUUUCCACACUUCUAUCCUGCUCAAACCCGUCCUGGCGAUUUUCCUCUACUGGCUCGCGGGGUUUUUCAUGUGGGCGAAUUUCGUCGUCGGUCACGACUGCGGACACGGAACGUUCAGCAACAAUUCAAAUAUCAACUUCUUCUUCGGAAACUUGACCCACGGGGCGAUCUUUGUGCCGUUUCAGUCCUGGGCCCGGAGCCACCGGUUUCAUCACAUGUACCACAACCAUCUGGACAAGGACUACAGCUUCCCCUGGGCCCACGAUCCCAAGUUCGACAAGGCGUGCAGUUUAUGACAGUGCACAACUCCCCCUCCCCCUCAUUUGUCAUGCAAAAUACCCAAUUUACCCUUUGCCUCUUAGCACUGUUUGCAUGACAAGUUUUGGUAGCCCAAAUAGCACUUUAAUCCAGUGCAAAUUUGUCAUGCAAAACGAGCAUUCUUGCUGAUGCUUGUAUUGCCGUUCAUGCUAUACAAAUGAGGGGGAGGGGGAGUUGUGCACUGUUAUACAGUUCGCUCGUGAAAAACUACCCGGCGAUUCCCGCGGCGGUGUACCCGGUGUUUGGCUACGCGUUUUACCUGCUGUAUGGGAGUGCGAGGAUUGAAAUCGUUAGAGUUGAAGUGAUUUGCUAUGCAUAAAAUGCAGCCCAUAGAACGCCUGUCUUGCAGAGGAGGCAAGUGAGGCAGAUUGUAAGCCUGUUGAGGGGUAGAAGCUGAGCUGCUGCAAUAGCAUGACAAGAGGAGCUCUUCCUUACCUAAACAGCAUGACAAACUGGAUUUCGGUUCUACCCAAAUUUGUCAUGCGCCACUUGGAAUCUGGGCGACGGCUUUCAUGUCCGUUUUAUGCAUUACAAAUCAUUUCAACUUUGUCGAUUUCGAUCCUGACAGAUCCAUAUGCUGUGGCCCCAACAGUACGGAGGGGUGGACGGGACCCACUACUUUCCAAACGUCUUCAGCGGAUGCAGGUUGUGGGAAAAUGUGGAUACGCAGGUAUAAAUAAAGAAGUUUUGGUCUUCGUGUGAAAGUAACUAGAGAUGAAGAUCGCAAUGGAUCAUUUCGUUUUUGUAUGAAGAUGAAACAGCAUGACAGAUUCGCUUUGAGGAUCGUGGUGUUUGUGAGUGAUUUCGCACAUCAAACCAAAUAUCAUACCUUAAAAUCAGGAACUGAUCAAGUGCUGGAUUUCCGUUUUCGUCGUCCUUGCUUACGGGUACUGGUACACGCAAUGUUUCUUCAACGGAAAUUUCUCGGAGUUCGCGAUUGUAUACCUUCCCGCUUGGUUCACCAUGUGCUUCUACCUCUACACCGUCACCUACCUGCAGCACCACAACCCGACCGUGAAGGUGUACGACAAUACCACCUGGAAAUACUCGACCGCCGCGUUUGAAACCGUUGACCGCACGUUCGGGUCGGUGAUUGACUUGUUUCACCACCACAUUUAUGCAUUGCAAAAGUAUCGUACUAACUCGUACUCGUGGUGAUUUCAGUCAUGCAUGACAAAUCUGGUUACUUCCCUCAUUCAGCAUUACAAAUUCCAUUUUUCCUUCUGGCAAAAUUUGUAAUGCUAUUUCUACUAGUACGAUACUUUUGCAAUGUAUAACAUCACCGAUUGCCACGUGAUCCACCACCUGUUUUUCACCAAGAUCCCGCACUACCACUUGAAGGAAGCGACGAUUGCGAUGCAGGGGUGGUUGAAGGAGAAGGGAUUGUACGAGGAAUUGUACCAAUUUGAAUACACGCGGGACUACUUCCUCCGGGUGUUCCAAUACAUGUACUCGCAUUCCACCCGGGCGAAGUUGCUGACCAAGGAUGAGAAGUUUUUUCUGGAGGAGGAGGGUGAUGAAGCUGUGAAGAAGACGAUGUGAACGUCGGUGGAUCACCACGUGGUAGAGAAGGAUGAAGAAGGGUGGAACAAGAAAGUUAAGCAGCAGAAGUAGUAGACACUUUAUCUACUUGAGCUACGACUUUUUCUUACUACUAUAUCAAUCUCAAUCUCUUGUUUUUCUAUAAGCGCAUCCGGAAUCAAAUGUUGAUAUUAGCGCUUCUUCCAUCUUCAUUCAAAAACCUGAGAGCUGCAACAUUCUUGUGCCACGAUUCUCAACUGAGAGCAACCGUUUCUACUACACAGCUGCGAUUUGUAAGAUGAAAGGACCGCGAUGCUUAGGGUGCUCCUCUUCGACUAAAAAUAUCUUUGUUUACCUGCUUUACUUUCCGCAAGGCAGGCUGUGCAGCACCAUCGUUUUUGGCAGGACAAAAAACCACAGAGAACAUUCUCAUUUUAGCGAAAAAUAUGAAUCGAUAUAAUGCCUAAGACCUAAGCGUAAGAACUCAACAAACAAACAAGAAUUGAACGCCACGUCGAGGCGCAAUUUAUCGACUAUGAAUUCGAACUAUUUUCCUUUAUUUUGAAAUGUCGAUUUUCAUUUUGGUUUCAAUUUUUCCAUUUCCUGAAUAUCAUGAGCGGAUUGCUUAUGUCGAAUGCAGACCGACAUGUCAGUUGUUUUUCACACUGACUAUUCACUUGUACAGAUUUUUGGCACACACUUCGUUGCACUUUUUUUGGAUUGACUAGGACCAGCGAGUGGAGGAGCCUGCUCGUCGUUGUCACUCAUAGCAAAAAAAAACAUUGCACAGCUUCGCUUUUUGUUUUGUUAGUGUUUGACGGAAACAACGCAGAAGCAAUGUACCAUGAGUUAGGAGCUACAUAUUUCUCCUUCUUGUAACUGCAGCAUUUUUUGUCUUUAUUGCCGAAUAGAGGCAGCGGCCGAAGGAAUGAUUUCAUUCGACAGCUGGCCGGCCAUGUUAGCAGAUUGGCCCAACGAGUCGAUGAAGUAGUUGUCGCUGAUAUUUCCAAGAAAAUGUACACUCAUGCGACUUCUACAGGGCAGCAAGGUAGUACCAUGAAAAGCAUGAUGCUCAACAUGAUCAUCAGCAACUGAAUCUUCCUGAAGGAGACAUUUUUUUUUGCAACCUUGAGAUCAUGAUUGACCACACG